CACAAAUACUCACACUCACACGCCUAUAAUUAAUCAUCGAGUUGAUUGUAUAUUUUUCUAACAUAUCAAUGGAAAACCCCACAUCUUCCCUCUCACCAAUUAACCCUCUAACCCAUUUCUAUAGGGUUCUUAGCAUUGAUGGUGGAGGCGUUAGAGGAAUCAUUCCUGGUGUUAUUCUUGCCAAACUCGAGUCUCAACUUCAGGAGAUAGACGGUGAAGAUGCAAGGAUUGCAGAUUAUUUUGAUGUAAUUUGUGGAACAAGUACAGGAGGUCUCAUUGCUACCAUGUUAGCAGCUCCUAAUCCAAAGGCCAAUGACCGUCCUAUAUUUGCUGCCAAAGAAAUUGUGCCAUUUUACCUUCAAAACUUGCCAUUUAUUUUUCCACAAAAAAGUGGAAUAUUUGCGCCACUACUAAACAUAACAAAAGCUUUCACGGGACCUAAGUACAAUGGAGAGUAUCUUCAUAAGGUGAUAAAAGACAUGAUAGGGAAUACACUCUUGAGCCAAACUUUGACAAACGUUGUUAUUCCAACUUUUGAUGUCAACAAUUUUCAACCUACCAUUUUUUCCUCCUAUCAGAUAGGAUGUGAUCCAUGUUUCGAUGUACCACUGUCAGAUAUUUGCAUAGCCACGUCGGCAGCUCCAACAUAUUUGCCAGCUCACUAUUUCGAAAAAAAAGAUGAACAAGGGAAAGUCAUCAAAGAAUACAAUCUCGUAGAUGGUGGUGUGGCUGCUAACAAUCCGAGUAUGGUUGCAAUUAGAGAAGUGAUCAAGGAUGUUGUAAGGCAACCGGGUGAGAAUGAUAUAGGGUAUGAUCGUUUUCUUGUUAUCUCGAUAGGAACUGGAUCAAACAAAAGUGAACAUAAGUACAAUGCUAAAAUGGUAGCUAAAUGGGGUGCUUUCACUUGGUUAUUCAAUUCUGGAUCAACUCCAAUUCUAGAUUGUUUCAACGAAGCAAGCACUGAUAUGGUUGAUUACCAUAACUCUGUUCUUUUUACUGCACUUCAGUCUCAAGACAACUAUCUCCGAAUUCAAGACGAUACAUUACAGGGAGAAUUAGCAUCUGUUGAUGUAUCUUCUAAAGAAAAUUUGAAUAAUCUGGUAAAAGUGGGUGAGCAGCUAUUGAAGAAAAAAGUUACACGAGUGAAUCUAGAUACAGGCAUAUAUGAAUCAGUUCCACAUAAAGGCACAAUCGAAGAAGAACUCAAAAGGUUUGCUAAUUUACUCUCUGGGUUAAGAAAACACAAAAAGUCCAACCCAAAAAAAGGCAAGUAAAUGAACACCAGGUUGAAUAUAUCAAUCCAUUGUCGAAGUCCUAUCUUAACUCCUGUACAAUAUCAUGAUGCAAGCGUCUAACAUUUUCUACUACCUUAAUUGUGAAUUAAAUAAUUGUUGUUGAUUGUCAAAGUUAAGAAUACAAAAGAUUUCAUUUAAUAAUGUUUUACUGAUUGCACCACAAGUACAAUUAUAUUGCCAUUUGCUCUUGCUCACAAAUUUAUAUGUUUUUUAUUUAAUUCAACGCAGGUUGAGUUGAAUUGAAAAAUAGAAUCCAUAGGUUAUAAGUCGUAAGCCAGGUUGUGGAUUGGACUUUUUCAGCCCUACAAACUCUAAGCAACCUGUAUCAUAAAAUGUAUUUACAUAAAAUAAUGAAGCUUAGUGGAAAGACUUUGUUUUUUUUUUUUUUGGUCAUCUCAAUCCUAACAUGUAACUCACCUAUUAAAGUAGGUCAACUCACCAACUCUAGAAUGAAUGCUCUUCAUUUUCUAUUCA